GGCGACCAAGAUCUGGAAGUUUGUCAAUCCCAGCAAUGAACUCUGUGGUUGCCACGCACAUGGUGAUGAAGAUCGUCUGCUAUGAAGGAAGUCUACAUGAUCCGCUAUCCACUCACAAAACUUGAAGCAGAAAAGAUUCAUCUGGUCAUCGACGUCGAAAAUUAACCUCUAUUUCUUCACUCUCAAUUCCCUUUCCAGUUCUAGUCUUUUUGCUUGAAUCACCAUGCCCGUGAAAUGCUUAGUCAACGGAUUUGGCCGUAUCGGUCGUCUUUGCUUUCGUUAUGCGUGGGACGAUCCCGAACUUGAAAUUGUGCACGUGAAUGACGUAUGCAGCUGUGAGUCCGCUGCCUAUCUCGUCCAGUACGAUUCAGUGCAUGGCACUUGGUCCAAAUCUGUCGUGGCCGCCGAGGAUAGCCAAUCCUUUACCGUCGACGGAAAAUUGGUCACUUUCAGUCAAGAGAAAGAUUUUACCAAGAUCGACUUUGCCAGUCUGGGUGUUGACAUGGUCAUGGAAUGUACGGGAAAGUUUCUGACAGUAAAGACCCUUCAACCGUACUUUGGCAUGGGCGUCAAGCAAGUGGUAGUCAGCGCCCCCGUCAAGGAGGACGGUGCCCUCAACGUCGUGCUGGGAUGCAAUCAUCAAAAGUUGACGACUGAUCAUACACUAGUCACCAACGCUUCCUGCACUACCAAUUGCUUGGCGCCAGUUGUUAAAGUCAUUCAAGAAAACUUUGGUAUCAAGCACGGUUGCAUCACCACUAUUCACGAUGUCACGGGCACGCAAACGUUGGUGGAUAUGCCUAAUACGAAAAAGAGUGACCUGCGUCGGGCUCGAUCGGGAAUGACCAACUUGUGCCCAACUAGCACUGGUAGUGCCACGGCCAUUGUUGAAAUUUAUCCCGAGCUCAAAGGAAAACUCAACGGCCUUGCCGUCCGUGUUCCUUUGCUGAAUGCGUCCCUAACGGACUGUGUUUUUGAAGUGAACAAGGAAGUCACCGUCGAAGAAGUCAACGCGGCGCUGAAGAAAGCAAGCGAAAGCGGUCCUCUCAAGGGUAUCUUAGGAUUCGAAAUCAAGCCUCUCGUGUCCACAGACUAUACCAAUGAUACUCGCAGUAGUAUCAUAGAUGCCUUGUCCACGCAGGUGAUUGAUAAAACGAUGAUCAAGAUUUAUGCGUGGUACGACAAUGAAGCUGGGUAUUCUAAGCGCAUGGCCGAGCUCUGCAACAUUGUUGCUGCGAUGAAUAUUACUGGACAAGAACCCUCUUUUAAGUAUGAGUAGAUAAACUAUAGGUGAUGUUUCGUUAGGCAUUUA